AUGUCCUGGAACUGGCAAAAGAGUGGAACUGCUUUCGAUGAAGCAGCCGAUGAGUUCAUCAAGCGCUGCAAGCUUGACGAUGCUUCGAUCACUCUCUUGUCUGGAAUUCCUGAGGAUGUGAAGGAGAAGAUCAUAUCCAGUUCGACUCGGGACUGGGAAUCGGGUUUGUCCUACACGCGUUUCUUUAGAGUAGUGCUGGAUGCUUGGGCGUCACAGCUCUCACUUCAUCGGCAUCGCGCAGUGAUGAAACUGAUUCAAAACACACCGGAAGAGGUCAUGCGCAUUGUCAUGAUGAAGUUUGACCCGACACGCACUAAAGACAAGAACUUGGCUGCGCGACUCACUGCCUUCCUCCAGUCUGUUCUGCGCACCGGCCAGCAUGAGAAAGGAGAACCAUAUCGCGGUAUGGUGACCAACUGCUCCAUACCUGAAAAGGAUGUUGGAAGAAUAUUAGGCGAAUGUGGGGCCACGAUGAAGAGGGUUGUGGAGUGCAUUUGCGAGUGUCUCAACCAUGACGAACGCAAGCAUGGACAUCGCCCUCUUGUCCAAAUGGCCUACAGCAACGGGUGCAGUCGGUUCGAACUUGUCUUGUAUCCACCUUUCAAUAACGAAUCGUCCUUCGAGGAUGCCUCCAUUGCAGUGCGCGAGAUGGUGCAGCAUAUACUGAAAAAUCCAUCUGAUUUCGCCGGAUCUGCAAACUGCAAGAUGCCGCCACGUCUACAACUAGAUGAUUGGAUGUGUCCCAACAAGAAAUGCAGAAACGUUUGUUUUGCCAGGCGUGCUACUUGCCUUCGCUGUGGGGAACCCAAACCGGCAGAAUGGACUCCGGCCCACCUUGCCCGAGAUGGGAAGCAGAAGAGGAUCCGAGUUGUGCCAAUGAGAGAGCUUGUGAAGGAAAUGGAGUUGGAAAGCGGUUGCUGCAGAGUCUUGUGGCUUUUUCCCGCAGAUCAGCGGGAGGCCUUGCUUGGCCCACGCGGCCAUAGAGUUCAGAAGAUCAAGGCAGAUGCCGGCUUGCAAGCCCUAAUUCUUACGAGAGAACUGGAGACCGAAACAUAUUUUGGUGAAGUUUAUGCUCAAGCCCACUUAGCAGGAAGGCCUGAGAGCACCAGAAAAGCAGUGGCGAUAAUCAACUCUCUGGUCGGUGGCCGGCUAGCGGAGGAUGGAUUUGAAGAGCUGCUGCGUGCAUCUGAAGCAGCCCUGGAGAAACGCGGAUUGUUGACAUUUGAGUCACUGACGGAGCUACCGGAGAUACGAGAAGCAAUGGCCCGCACAAGGAUCUUGCGCCAAGGAGUCGGCUUGCGGACCCUCCUCGAGAUCUUGUGCCAAUGGCCAGAGUAUUUCGUUAUACAGCGAACAGGUCCACAGGGUGCAACGAUUGCCAGCCCACACCGAACCGAUGGCAAUGCCAAUGCCGCGUAA